AUGAGUGAGUGCAUUCGUAGAAGCUGUGACUGCGUCCAGGUUCGAGGGCCUGCUGGUGUAUACGCACCAAGCUGAUAUUGUCCAACUUGCACACGCAUCACUCCUCAGCAUCCAACCCUAACCACCACGCCGAAGAAGCUUCCAAGCUCGAGAAGCUGCUGCAAGGUCGCAGCGAUGUUGUGAGUGACGUGACUGCAGUUCAAAGUCUAUAAGAGUGCCUUGGCACAAGGAGACGCGGCCCUCCCACCAUUGGAGCGAUCGUGAAUCGUGCUCACACCGUACACUUCCUUGCUACACCCUCGCAGAAAGAGCUGCAAGAAAAGGGUAUCCUCAAGAACUCCACUGCCGCUCCCGCCUUGCAAGCUGCGCAGGUGAGUGACAUGGCUCGACUGCAAGCCAAGGGCCAGCCGGAAAGUGCUUUGACCUACCGAUAUUGCGGUAUUGCAGACUCGCAUUGACGCUUCCUACUUUGCCCCUUUCGAACAUGACCGCUCUGAGCACAGGCGGAGCUGAUCAAGCACCAGCUGGAGGAUCGUCUGGAGGGCAAGUUGGAGAGGCGCCCCGAUCGCGCAGAGCUGGAGAGACUCGGCAUUCUCAAGGAUGAUUCGGAGGAUGCUUCGGUGACGCAGGCAAAGAAGGAAGAGUUGGAGAAGCAGCUCAAAGCUGAUGGAAUCCUCAAGUAG